AUGAGCCAGCAGGAUGCGGUCGCUGCACUUUCAGAACGCCUGCUCAUAGCUGCAUACAAAGGCCAGGCGGAGAAUGUGGUUCAGCUCAUCAACAAGGGUGCCAAGGUAGCGGUUACCAAGCAUGGCCGGACCCCCCUGCAUCUUGCUGCCAAUAAGGGCCAUCUUUCUGUGGUCCAGAUCUUGCUGAAGGCGGGCUGCGACCUCGAUGUUCAGGACGAUGGGGAUCAGACCGCCUUGCACCGGGCCACGGUGGUGGGGAACACCGAGGUCAUCGCGGCGCUCAUCCAGGAGGGCUGUGCUCUGGACCGACAGGACAAGGACGGGAACACGGCCCUGCACGAAGCGUCCUGGCACGGUUUCAGCCAGUCUGCCAAGCUGCUCGUUAAAGCAGGAGCCAAUGUGCUUGCCAAGAACAAGGCGGGGAACACGGCUCUGCACCUGGCCUGCCAGAAUAGCCACGCCCAGAGCACACGCGUCCUCCUGCUGGGCGGCUCCCGCGCCGACCUCAAAAAUAACGCAGGCGACACCUGUUUGCACGUUGCUGCGCGCUAUAAUCACUUGUCCAUCAUUAAGCUCCUCCUCAGUGCUUUCUGUUCUGUCCAUGAAAAGAACCAGGCUGGAGACACAGCACUUCAUAUUGCUGCUGCCCUAAAUCACAAGAAGGUGGUUAAAAUCCUACUGGAAGCCGGAGCCGAUGGGACCAUCGUCAAUAACGCAGGCCGGACUCCACUGGAGACUGCCCGCUACCACAAUAAUCCGGAAGUUGCUCUCCUUCUCACUAAAGCGCCCCAGGUCUUGCGCUUCAGUCGAGGGCGAAGCCUGAGGAAAAAGAGAGAGAGGCUCAAGGAAGAGAGGAGAGCUCAGUCUGUGCCGAGAGAUGAUGUGGCACAAAGCAAGGGAAGUGUCUCAGCAGGAGACACCCAUAGCAGUGAACAGGCUGUACCCAGAAAAGAGUCCAGAGAAGAUUUCCUGUCCGCCUCCCCGGAGCCCAGAGCAAAGGACAACAGGCAGAAAAAGUCAAGGCCCAAGACAUCAGCGUUUUCUGACCCCACCCCACCAGCAGACCAGCAGCCUGGACAGCAGAAGAGCUCGCACACUCACAGUCACCCUAAAAAGAGGCCCAGGCAUCGCUGUUCACCCCCAGCUGCCCCCCAUGAGUUCAGAGCAUACCAGCUCUACACGCUGUACCGGGGCAAGGACGGCAAAGUGAUGCAGGCACCAAUAAAUGGCUGUCGAUGUGAACCCCUGAUCAACAAGCUGGAGAAUCAGUUGGAGGCAACUGUGGAGGAGAUCAAAGCAGAGCUGGUGUCGGUUCAGGAUAAGAUGAACACGAAGCUGGGGCACAUGGAGAAUAAGACCCAGCACCAAAUGCGGGUUCUGGACAAGCUGAUGGUUGAGCGACUCUCAGCAGAGAGGACGGAGUGCCUGAACCGCCUGCAGCAGCACUCGGACUCAGAGAAGCACGAGGGAGAGAAACGUCAGAUGUCCUUGGUGGAUGAAUUAAAAACUUGGUGCAUGUUAAAGAUUCAGAAUCUGGAGCUGAAGCUUUCUGGAGAUUCUAGGGCCUCCAGGACUAAAUCCACACCAUCCACUUGCGAGUCCUCCACAGGUGUGGAUCAGUCAGUGGUGACCGCAGGUCCAGUAGCAGCCUCUGACAGCCCCCCUCAGGUGGUCAGGCCCAAGGAAAAGGCCCUCAGCUCCACAGCCGCCCACAGACUCCAGCACGAGCUGUCUUCCUUGGACUGUACAGGUUCCCGACUGAGGAGUGUCAAGGUCCAGACAGCCUCGUUACCCUUGAAAGAGGCAGCCAAAUGCGACCCGCAGGCUGGGCCCUGUGUUGACAGAGGCACCCAAACCAAGAAGUCUGGGAAAAGUGGGCAGACGAGGCACCGCGGCCAGCAGCCAGCACCCAGCACCACCUGCGGGCAGCCGCCACCAGCAGCAGGUGGCGAGCAGACUGCCCCUCAUACUCGGGACACUUCCCAAGCGCUGGAGCUCACCCAAUAUUUCUUUGAGGCUAUUUCCACCCAGAUGGAAAAGUGGUAUGAAAGGAAGAUUGAAGAAGCACGAAGCCAAGCCAGUCAGAAAGCCCAGCAAGACAAGGCCACGCUGGAGGAACACAUUAGAAGUUUAGAGGAGGAACUUGCUAAACUAAGGACUAAGGUACACAAGGAAAACUAG